AUGCGGCGGAUCACCUCCCAAGUAGCCCUGCUGCUGUCGGCACUCACUUUGCUCGGCUGCAUGCGCCCAUUUGGGCGGCCCUUCAGCGGCAUCUGGCUUCGGACCAGCUCGUUGCCUGCCAGUUGGCGCAGGCCAAGCAGAGUCAUCAGGAUGGCUUCCACUGGCCCUUCCGUGAGGAUGUCUGAUGAGGAAAAGUUUUUCUUUGACCUGAACGGGUUCCUGCACGUUCGCGGAGCCCUUUCGAAAGACGUGAUCGACCGCAUGAACCAAGCAAUUACUGCCCACUCCAGCGAGAUCAAGGAGCGCGAGGACGGCGACCUUCGAAAUACCAGAUCCGGCAGCGCUCUCUCCGGCGAUGGGCACACAGGGCGGCGUGACCUUGGUGGGAUGCUGGGCUGGCCAAAGCCUCACUGCCAGCCCUUCCGGGAAGUCCUUGCCCACCCGAAGCUGCUGCCUUACUUGGUGGAGCUUUGCGGGGCUGGCUACCGCAUGGACCACCUGCCUCUAGUUAUAACCUCCCAGAAGGGAAGUGAAGGAUUCCACUUACAUGGAGGGCCACUGACGCAGGACGGCGCGUUCAACCCCACUCUCCAGUAUCGAUGCGUGAACGGUCAGUUUUAUAACUCUCUCCUCGGCAUGUCCGUCCAGCUCGUGGACCAUGGUCCAGGUGAUGGUGGCUUUUGUGUCAUCCGUGGGUCUCACAAAAGCAACUUCCCGGUACCGGACGAUUUCCUGCAUGGCGGCGGAGAAGAAGCCAAGGCGCACUUCUACCAGCCAGAGACACGUGCGGGUGAUGUCGUCUUCUUCUCAGAAGCAACUGUGCACGGCGCAAUGGCCUGGACUGCAGAGCAUGAAAGGCGCAUUGCGUUGUACCGCUUUGCCCCGGCCACCGUAGCCUAUGGCCGCAGUUAUGCGCCGCAGUGGCCACAGGAGAUGCUGGAAGACUUGACACCCGCCCAGCGGGCGGUAUUGGAGCCGCCAUAUGCAGGAGCGGCCCGGGAAGAACAAGAAAGACCUGCGAGCCCAGCGAAAGCAGGGCGUUCUGACCCGGAAGCGCUUCUGGCCGAGCGAUUGGCCUCUGUUUGGAUCCGACUCCAAGACAAGCUCGAAGCUCAAUGCAGCGAGCUUUGUACGUCUGCAAAGCGGCGAGACGACGAUCUCGUCCAGCGAUUGGAUGAGCGUUUGAACAAUCAGACCUCCAUCUGGCAAGAAUCAGUGAGAAAUCUGGAAAGCGUCGUCGAAGCUCAGCGGGCCCAGUGGCAGUCCAUUGUGAAAGAGGUGAGGCAGCAUCCAGUUGCUCAGCCGGAGCCCUCGGCUCCCGACGCCGAGCACAUGUAUGGCGCAUGCACUGCACCGGCCAGACCUUCUGUAAAGAUUGCGGAGGGUGUGGAGCAAUCUGAGCAAACUCUCAAUGGCUCCCCCGCGAACAAAUUAGUGGCCAGGGCGACUUGGCACGAGGCACCGCCACCUGUCACAGAGCAGCCGGCAUCCAUUCCUGGGAGCGUGGCCGAGGUGAACGGCACCAUGGGCGAUGGCCACACAUCGCCCAAGAGACGGAACAACUCCACAGUAAGCUUUCAGAGUCAGAAAUCGGAGGGAGAUCCCGAUUUCGAAAGCAAAGAAGAAAGGAAGGCCUAUGAACACGCAGUGGCCAAAGCAGAGCGUAUGCUCAUCCUCCGCGCCGCCAGCCACGGACGCAUCCAGCCACGGGAGAAGGACUGGCGUGAACAGCUCCAGAUUGCCUUGGAGAGCUGGUGGGGAGAGGGCCUUUGUGCCCUGGUCAUCUUCACGAAUUGCAUCGUCAUUGGCGUGGAAACCGAUGUUGUUGCACAAUCAUCGGCGGACAAGUCUCCCGAAGUCUUCUCCGUCUUGGACACCUUGUACACGCUGGUCUUCUUUGCAGAGCUGCUAGUCCGCCUAUCAGCGUAUGGAGGUGAUUUUUUCUGGGGCCCCAAAGGUCUGUUCUGGAACUAUCUGGACGUGAUCAUUGUAUGCCCCUCCAUGGUACAGCUCGCCAUCCGAGUCAUUUGGCAGUCUGAUGACGACAACGGUGGUGGCAGCCUGACGGUCGUGCGCGUGCUGCGCAUUACGCGUGUCUUCAGAGUCAUCAGAGUGGUGAAGGUGAUGAAAUUUGUGCGAUCUUUGCGACAGCUUGUCGAAUCCAUUAUGCACACGAUGAAGUCUCUUGCGUGGUCUAUGCUGCUGCUUGUGGCCAUCAUCUACGUCUUUGCGAUCAUGUUCACUGACGCCAGCAUUGCCCACAUGGCGGAUAAUCCGACGAGUGUUCUGAACCCCGAGUUGAGUCAAAGUUGGGGCACGCUCCACGCUUCCAUGCAUACCCUUUUCCGCGCCGUCUCGGGUGGCUUCGACUGGGGUGGCACGGCUGCUGCACUUGGAGACGUACACUGGGCCUGGAUGUAUCUGUUUACAGCGUACAUUGCAUUCUGCAUGUUCGCUGUGCUCAAUGUCAUGACAGGUAUCUUCUGUCAAGUAGCUGUCGAAAGCUCUCGCAACGAUCCACAAUUUUUAAUGCAGCACUUGCUUGCAGAGAAGGAUCGCCAGACCGAUUUGAUCCGGAACUUAUUUCGCAUCUUCGACAGGGAAAGGCGAGGCUACAUAGCGCUCACAGAGCUGGAAGACAAGUUUAACGAUGAAACGGCCCAAGGAAUGAUGGGUCUGCUGGAGAUUUAUCCAGAGAGUAGCUGGUCCCUCUUCAAGAAGUUGGAUGAGAAUGCAGACGGGAGACUCAAUGAAGACGAGUUUGUGAAUGGCAUCUUCAAGUUGAAGGGUGUUACAAAAUCUUGGGACGUCGAAGAAAUCUUGCAAGACGUUUGGCACGCAUAUGGGAGGAGGAUGCAAUCACAGUAG